AUGACGUGGUCACGAAGUGUCUUGGCAGCUGUUCUCAUACUGGGGUGCACCACUUAUGUGUACUUUCUUUACAUUCAACCCUCCGUGUUCAACUGCUCAUCGGACGGACGUCUAUUUGCAAACUACACCAGUGUAGUGAGAGAACAGACUCCUAAGAAGCCCCUGCUGUUAAUCUGGGCCAUACCUUUGAAUAUCAAAUUUGACUUCAAUGAUUGCAAGAAAUAUUAUAAUAUCUCAAGCUGUGAUCUGACAUACAACAGAUCCUUAUACCAGCAGGCGGACGCGGUCAUGUUCUAUCAGAAGAAUAUACGCAGUGUGGCCCACAUGCCACAAGAAUCCCGCCCACAACGACAGAAGUGGAUCUGGUACAACGUGGAGUCGCCAUCAAACACACUCAAGCUCCCAGGAAUAAAUAAUAUAUUCAACCUGACGUUGAGUUAUAGAAGAGAUGCUGACAUCAUUGCGCGGUAUGACGUUGUGAUAAAGGAUGAACCAGAUGACCACUUUGUUUUGCCCAAGAAGGACAGACUGGUGUGCUGGAUGGUUAGUAACAUGUGGUCUGCUGGUUCGAGGGUCAGAACAGCAUACUACAAAGAGCUCACCAAGCAUAUCAAAGUGGAUGUCUUUGGUCUUGGGUUUUCUGUGCCACUGCCAGCGGAACGUUAUUACCCGACAAUGCAGAGUUGCAAGUUUUACUUGGCUUUUGAGAACUCUGCCCACAAAGACUACAUAACAGAGAAGAUGAACGGACCCUUGUCUUCGGGAACUGUGCCAAUCGUUUUGGGGAUGCCUAGAGACAAUUAUGAAGAGUUCAUGCCGGGUGAUUCUUUCAUUCAUGUCAAUGACUUUCCCGAUGCCAAGGCGAUGGCCCAAUACCUGCUCGAGUUGGACAAGAACGACGAUAAGUACAUGAAGUACUUUGCUUGGAGGCGGUUUUACACCGCCACGCCGCAUCUUCUGACCAUUAAAAACGAGUUCACGCAACCCACCUGCUUGGCCUGUGACCACAUAUCGAGGGACAAUCGAUAUAGCGUUGUUCAUAAUCUGUAUGGGUGGUACCAUUCAAGCAGAUGA